AUGACGACUCCUAUUCCCGCACCACCUGGGUUCCCAAUCAUAGGAAACCUGGCGGACCUUGAUUCAGAAUUACCUACAAAGACUUUGCGACACUUUGCCGACAUCUAUGGCCCGAUUUAUCGUUUCGAUUUUGGCGGAGGUGCGACUAAAGUAGUUAUCAGCUCACAAGAAAUAGUAGAAGAGGCCUGCAACGAAGAAAGAUUUAUCAAAGUUAUCCAAGGAGGGCUAAAUCAAGUACGAAACGGAGUUGGAGACGGUCUAUUUACCGCACAUCAUGAUGAGAAGAAUUGGGGCAUUGCGCAUAGAAUUCUAAUGCCAGCUUUUGGGCCGUUGUCGGUUCAAGGAAUGUUUAAUGAAAUGCACGAUAUUGCGAGUCAGCUCGUUAUGAAAUGGGCCCGUCACGGUCCAGACCAUAAGAUUGUAGCCACGGACGACUUUACUAGACUGACUCUUGACACUAUCGCAUUGUGCGCCAUGGAUUACCGCUUCAAUUCCUUCUAUACAGAUGAACUACACCCUUUUGUUGGAGCUAUGGGAGAUUUUCUCUCGGAGUCCGGACGGAGAUCCCAGAGGCCAGCGAUUGCAAACCUGCUGAUGAGAGGGUCGAGCCAGAAGUAUGAGUCCGAUAUCGCCUUGAUGAAAAACGUGAGUGACGAGGUGAUCAAGAGGAGGAAAGAGAAGCCGACGGGAAAGAAGGACUUGUUGAAUGCCAUGUUGAAUGGGAAGGAUCCGGUCACAGGGGAGGGCAUGUCAAAUGAAUCGAUUAUCAAUAACAUGAUCACCUUCCUGAUCGCUGGUCAUGAAACCACGUCUGGAAUGUUAUCAUUCGCCUUCUAUCUCUUGAUCAAAAAUAGCGCUGCCUACCGCACCGCACAGCAAGAGGUCGAUGACGUUUGCGGGAAAGGCCCUAUCAAGGUAGAGCACAUUUCAAAGCUGAAAUACCUUAACGCCGUUCUUCGUGAGACACUCCGUCUCCAUCCCACCGCACCUGCAUUCAGCAUGUGCCCAAAGCCUGGUGUAGAAGAACACCCUACUUUGUGCGGAGGCAAGUACGCGAUUGGCAAAAACGAGCCCAUCAUCUGCUUGUUGCCAAAGGUGCAUACAGAUCCAGCGGUAUAUGGAGAAGAUGCGGAAGAAUUCAAGCCAGAGAGGAUGUUGGACGAGGCAUUUGAGAAGUUGCCCAAGUAUGCUUGGAAGCCCUUUGGAAAUGGAAUGCGAGGCUGCAUAGGCAGAGCCUUCGCCUGGCAGGAAGCUCUCCUUGUAGUUGCAAUUCUGCUACAGAACUUUAACUUUCAGCUCGACGACCCUAGCUAUCAGCUGAAGCUCAAACAGACCUUGACGGUCAAGCCUAAAGAUUUCAAGAUGCGUGCAACUCUGAGAGAUGGAAUUGACGCUACAAUGCUCGAAAAGAAGCUCCAAGCCGGUUCUGCACCUACUGCAGAGGACUCCACGCUCAAAGAGACAUUGAACAAGCCCUCAAACUUGAAGCCAAUGAGCAUCUUCUACGGGUCAAAUACAGGAACAUGUGAAGCUCUCGCAGCAAGACUGGCAAAAGAUGCCAUUCAACACGGCUUCGACGCUAAAGUUGAUCCUCUGGAUUCUGCAACUGAUAAGCUUCCGAAAGACCAGCCAGUUGUCAUUAUCACAGCUUCAUAUGAGGGAGCACCUCCGGAUAAUGCGAGCCACUUCGUAGAGUGGUUGAAGAGCCUUAAGGAAGACGAGCUCAAGGGAGUCCAGUUUGCCGUCUUUGGUUGCGGUCAUCGCGACUGGCAGGCGACUUUCCAGAAGAUUCCCAGCUUGGUAGAUGAGCUUAUUGGGAAGUGGGGUGGUGAACGAAUCGUCAAUAAGGGUACAGCGGAUGCCGCUAAUGGUGACAUGUUCACCGAUUUUGACGGGUGGGAGGAUACGCAGUACUGGCCUGCGGUCGAGAAAAACUAUGGCGGUACUGCUACUUCGCCCGACGCGGUAUCAACUCCUUCCAUUGAGGUCACCGUUUCUUCGCAAAGCCGCUCCACGAACCUGAAGCAGGAUGUGAGGGGAGCACUGUUGAUGGAGAACAGGCUUCUUACUGCUCCUGGUGAACCGGAGAAGAGGCAUGUUGAGAUCAAGCUGCCGACUGAUAUGGUCUACAAAGCUGGAGACUACCUUGCUAUCUUGCCUACCAACCCCAAGAACAACAUUAGAAGGACUGUAGCGAGGUUUGGUCUGGCGUGGGAUGCGGUCUUGAAUAUCAAGGCGAAUGGCCCGACAGUUCUGCCGACUAAUGUCAACAUUACGGCCGCGGAUGUGCUUUCGAACUAUGUUGAGCUUGCACAACCGGCUACCAAGAAGGAUGUCCUUGCAAUUGCGAAAGCUGCAGCGGAUGAGAAGACCCGCACGGCACUCGAGAACCUUGCUGGAGACCUAUUUAACGUGGAGGUCAGCCAAAAGCGUCUCAGCCCUCUCGACAUACUCGAAAAGUAUCCUAGUGUCGCAUUCACAUUCAGCGAAUUUCUUGCCAUUCUCCCCCCAAUGCGUGUGCGCCAAUACUCAAUCUCAUCCUCGCCUCUAUACGCCCCCGACAGUUGCACGUUGACCUUCGCCGUCCUUGACCAAGAGGCCAUCUCCGGCCAGGGCCGCUAUGUCGGUGUGGCCUCAAACUACCUUGCCCACCUUGAGGCCGGUGACCAUAUCCAGGUCUCUGUCAGGGCAUCCGCGCACCCCUUCCACCUCCACUAG